AUGUGGAGAGUCCGGAAAAGGGGCUACUUUGGGAUUUGGUCGUUCCCCUUAAUAAUCGCCGCUGUCUGUGCUCAGAGUGUCAAUGACCCUAGCAAUAUGUCGCUGGUUAAAGAGACGGUGGACAGACUGUUGAAAGGCUAUGACAUUCGUCUGAGACCCGAUUUUGGAGGUCCCCCUGUGGCUGUAGGAAUGAACAUUGAUAUUGCCAGCAUUGAUAUGGUCUCUGAAGUCAAUAUGGACUAUACCUUGACCAUGUAUUUUCAGCAAGCCUGGAGAGAUAAGAGGCUGUCCUACAAUGUAAUACCUUUGAACUUGACUUUGGACAACCGAGUGGCAGACCAGCUCUGGGUGCCGGACACCUACUUCCUGAAUGAUAAGAAGUCCUUUGUCCAUGGAGUGACUGUCAAAAAUCGUAUGAUACGCUUGCAUCCUGAUGGCACGGUCCUGUAUGGCCUCAGAAUCACAACUACAGCUGCCUGCAUGAUGGACCUAAGACGGUAUCCAUUGGAUGAACAAAACUGCACAUUGGAGAUUGAAAGCUAUGGAUAUACAACUGAUGACAUUGAGUUUUACUGGCGCGGUGAUGAUAACGCAGUCACCGGGGUGACGAAGAUCGAGCUCCCUCAGUUCUCCAUUGUAGAUUAUAAGCUCAUCACCAAGAAGGUGGUCUUCUCUACAGGUUCUUACCCCAGAUUGUCCCUUAGCUUUAAGCUGAAGAGAAACAUUGGCUACUUCAUCCUGCAGACCUACAUGCCGUCCAUUCUGAUUACCAUCCUCUCGUGGGUCUCCUUCUGGAUUAACUAUGAUGCCUCUGCUGCACGAGUUGCAUUAGGUAUUACAACUGUCCUAACAAUGACCACAAUUAACACCCACCUCAGGGAGACGCUCCCUAAAAUCCCCUAUGUAAAAGCCAUCGACAUGUACCUGAUGGGGUGCUUUGUCUUCGUCUUCAUGGCCCUUCUGGAAUAUGCUUUGGUCAACUACAUCUUCUUCGGGAGAGGGCCCCAGCGCCAAAAGAAAGCAGCUGAGAAAGCUGCUAAUGCCAACAAUGAAAAGAUGCGCCUGGAUGCCAGCAAGAUCUUUUAUAAAGAUAAUAAACAAAAUGCCCAGUAUCGAUCCUUAUGGGACCCUACUGAAAACCUUUCCCCAACUAGACAGACUCCCAACUACGAUUUCUCUAUAUAUACAAUGGACCCACAUGAGAACAUAUUACUUAGCACUCUCGAGAUAAAAAACGAGAUGGCCACAUCAGAAGCAGUAAUGGGACUUGGAGACCCCAGGAGCACAAUGCUUGCCUAUGAUGCCUCCAGCAUCCAGUAUCGGAAAGCCGGGUUGCCUAGGCAUAGUUUUGGCCGCAAUGCUUUGGAGCGACACGUGGCACAAAAGAAGAGUCGCCUGAGGAGACGUGCCUCUCAACUGAAAAUCACCAUCCCUGACUUGACUGAUGUAAAUGCCAUAGAUCGGUGGUCCCGCAUUUUCUUCCCGGUGGUGUUUUCCUUCUUCAACAUUGUCUAUUGGCUUUAUUACGUGAACUAA